CGAAUGGUUGCUAAGUAACGUUAACGUUACCUGGUCAUGUUGUUAGCAAGGUGGUUAGCUAGCCAGCUAGCUAUCUGCCACCCGGGACACACCCCCUUUCGUGCGAGGAUGUCGUCCAGGGAAGAUAGUACAGAUGUCAGAGGCAGAGGUGCGGGGGCUCUGCAUCAAGUCCCGAGAGAUUUUCCUCAGUCAGCCUAUCCUGCUAGAGCUAGAGGCUCCGCUCAAAAUCUGUGGUGAUAUCCAUGGACAGUACACAGACUUGCUGAGGCUAUUUGAGUAUGGGGGCUUCCCUCCGGAGGCCAAUUACCUGUUCCUGGGGGAUUAUGUGGACAGAGGGAAACAGUCCCUGGAGACCAUCUGCUUACUGCUGGCCUACAAGAUCAAAUACCCAGAAAACUUCUUCUUGCUCAGGGGGAACCACGAGUGUGCCUCCAUCAACCGCAUCUACGGCUUCUAUGAUGAGUGCAAGCGCAGAUUCAACAUAAAGCUCUGGAAGACAUUCACAGAUUGUUUCAACUGUCUGCCAAUUGCUGCUAUUAUCGAUGAGAAGAUCUUCUGCUGCCAUGGAGGGCUCUCACCUGAUCUGCAGUCCAUGGAGCAAAUUCGACGCAUUAUGAGACCCACUGACGUCCCUGAUACAGGCCUGCUGUGCGACCUGCUGUGGUCAGACCCAGAUAAAGAUGUACAGGGCUGGGGCGAGAACGACCGGGGAGUCUCCUUCACAUUCGGGGCUGACGUGGUCAGCAAAUUCCUCAACCGCCACGACCUGGACCUCAUCUGCCGAGCCCACCAGGUCGUUGAAGACGGCUAUGAGUUCUUUGCCAAACGACAGCUGGUGACACUAUUCUCUGCCCCCAACUACUGCGGGGAGUUUGACAACGCAGGCGGCAUGAUGAGUGUUGACGAGUCCCUUAUGUGCUCCUUUCAGAUCCUGAAGCCAUCAGAGAAAAAAGCAAAGUACCAGUAUGGGGGAGUGAAUUCAGGACGCCCCGUCACCCCGCCCCGCACCACUCAAGCCCCAAAGAAGAGGUGAGCAGUUGGCCCUGACUCUCCCACUCGUCUCCCUGGCAAGUCUCUGGCCCACGUCCCUGCAGGCUGUCGCCAACACUCCAGCCUCCUCCUCUCAGUCAGCUUGUUCAUGUGUAAACAGAAAUGUAAGGAGUGUUUUUUGCUUGUUUGUGGGUAUUUUUAUUAAUAUGUGACAGUGAUUUUUUUCCUCUUCUUUUUAUUAUUUUUCAAUGCCAUGGAAUGUGUUGCUCAGCCCUCACUACUAGUCUGUCCAGCAAUAUGAAACCAACCUUUUGCGGAAUGGGCAACAUGUUUGGAAGGGAUGCUUCUCUGCCUUCAGAUAAACAGUUUCCAUAGUGACUUGUGAAUGUGUGUAUGUGUGUGUGAUUGAGAUGGGUGGUUUUUUUGCCCUAACCAGUGUAAAAAUAACAUUUUUUUCCACAUAAUAGGCUCAAAUAUUCCCUGUCUCAAAUUUAUUCUACUAAUGUUCAUGCAGUUUAUCCAUAUGCAGCCAUUGCCCCUCCAUAUAUUGGCUCCAGUAGGACACUGUUUGACUAUUGCAGUUUGACAUUUCUUUUCCUCUGACUAAAGAUUGUUUUUUCUCCCCUCGGAGACCUAUGACAAACUGAGAUUUUGGAAGUACAAGUGCAAUAAACACUGCUAUAAAUCUUGUAUGCAAGCAUACACAUUUGUAAAGGCCACUCAUUCAUUAUAGUCUAUGUGAAAAACAUAGUCACCAUAUGUUGCACCUCAAAAGGACCUUGAUAAAGAUUAUUCACAUUAGAUCAGUGCCCAUUUUAAUCAGCCUCUUUUCAUAACCAACUUGUUUCUGAGUGACUUUCUUACAUAGAAAUGGGUUUUCCCUUGUGUCUGUGUGCAAGCAUCUGUGGUUUGAUUUAUAAGGAAGCAGAAUAUUGGAUUUGCAGUCCUAGGUGAGUCAGGUUUCAUCUUUUUAUUGUUUAUUCACAAGGACAAAAACAGAUCUAGACAACCAUAGGGAUUAAAAAUCUGAUUUUCUGUUUUAUAAAUCCCUUUGAGUAUGUGGAACGUGUGAAAAAAAA